ACCCCGUUGAGCGUUGUUGUGAAUUCAAUAUGGCGAUAAUUAGUGUUGUGUCCGUUUACGAAAAUAAGUCAUAAAAUAUCGAAAUUUACGAAUAGAUAAUGAACGCGAAUAAUUUAUUGGGAGAAUUGGAUAAAUUUGCGCGUCUGUGACGGUAAUUUAGAUGGAAUCGGGCAUAUGUUUUGUGUUUUGAAUCAGCGUGUUUGCAUUGGGCUGUAAAUUAAUUAAAUUUGGCAUACAGAGGUUUUGAUUGUAAAUCAACUUCUAAUAAAUCGUCACUACACAGGCGGAAUGUGGGAAAAAUACCAGUUCAGUGAGAAAGACUAAAACGAAGAAAUCAUGACUGACACAAGAAGGAGAGUGAAGCUGUAUGCUUUGAACGCGGAUAGGCAAUGGGAUGACAGAGGCACAGGCCAUGUCUCCUCUUCGUAUGUUGAUCGUCUCAAAGGCAUAUCUUUACUAGUUCGAGCCGAGAGCGACGGGUCUCUACUACUGGAAUCAAAGAUACAGCCUGAUACUGCCUACCAAAAGCAGCAAGACACUCUGAUUGUGUGGUCAGAGGGAGACAACUUUGAUCUAGCUUUGAGCUUCCAAGAGAAGGCAGGUUGUGAUGAGAUUUGGGAAAAGAUCUGCCAGGUACAAGGCAAAGAUCCUUCAGUUGAGAUUACCCAAGACAUUGUAGAAGAAUCUGAGGAUGAGCGUUUCGAUGAAAUGUCAGAUUCUGCACCUCCUAUUGAGCUACCGAGUUGUGAACUUAGCCGCUUGGAAGACAUUAGUGAAUUAAUUAGUAACUGUGUGAGUUCGCAAAUAAGAAAAGAAAAGUUAUCAGCUGCCAUCGAGAGUGACGGUUAUAUUCGUAAAUUAAUCAAUGUGUUUCAUAUGUGUGAAGACCUGGAGAAUAUCGAAGGCUUGCACCAUUUAUAUGACAUAUUUAAGAACAUUUUUCUUCUGAACAAGAACGCGCUGUUUGAGGUUAUGUUUAGUGAUGAGUUGAUAUUCGACGUUGUUGGCUGUUUAGAAUAUGAUCCGUCGUCUCCAACGCAGAAGCAUCACAGGGAGUACCUAAAACAGCAAGCCAUGUUCCGAGAAGCCAUCCCCAUUAAGAAUCCUGAACUUUUAUCAAAGAUCCAUCAAACAUUUCGAGUUCAGUACAUUCAGGAUGUAGUGUUACCUACGCCGUCUUUAUUCGAAGAAAACACGUUGACCACACUGGGUAGUUUCAUAUUUUUCAACAAAGUCGAAAUAGUGUCGCUAGUUCAAGAGGAUGAAAGGUUUUUGACCGAACUUUUUACCAUGUUGACCGAUGUUAAUACGCCUGAGUCGAAAAGAAAGGACUUGGUUUUAUUUCUAAAGGAAUUCUGUAAUUAUUCACAAAAUCUUCAGCCUCAAGCUAAGGAAACUUUCUACAAAACGCUAACCUCAUUAGGUAUAUUACCUGCAUUGGAGAUUACAUUGGCCAUGGAUGACCAAAAGACCAAGACUGCUUCCAUUGAUAUACUUACUUAUAUUGUGGAGUUUUCACCAUCUGUGGUCAGGGAAUAUACAUUACAGCAAGCAAACAAUACUGAAGAGGACCAAAUGCUGCUUAACAUAAUCAUAGAACAGAUGAUCUGUGACAGCGAUCCAGAAUUGGGUGGAGCGGUGCAACUGAUGGGCGUGUUAAGAAUUCUCUUGGAUCCGGAAAAUAUGCUUGCCUCAGUGAACAAAUCAGAAAAAACUGAUUUUCUUAACUUUUUCUAUAAGCAUAGCGUCCAAAUUUUAAUAGCGCCACUUUUGGAAAACACAGCGCACGAUGAACCUCAGAGAGAGGACUACCGAAGUGUACAACUUUUGGGUUUGAUUUUAGAAUUGUUGUCCUUCUGUGUGGAGCAUCACACGUACCACAUAAAAAACUGCAUUUUAAACAAAGAUUUGUUGCGACGAAUAUUAGUACUAAUGAAAUCGACGCACAAAUUCUUAGUUUUGUGUGCUCUCAGGUUUAUGCGGAAGUUGAUUGCUUUGAAAGAUGAAUUUUAUAAUAGGUACAUCAUCAAGGGUAAUCUCUUCGCACCUGUGGUAGACGCUUUCGUCCGCAACAAAGGCAGAUACAACCUCUUGGAUUCGGCCAUCAUCGAAAUGUUCGAGUUCAUCAAGCUCGAAGACAUCAAAACCUUGUGUUCGCAUGUCGUGGAGAAUUACGGAAAAUCGCUAGAUAACAUUUGUUACGUACAAACUUUCAAAGCGCUGAAACUUAGGUACGACCAGCACCAAGACAAACUCAAGGAUAGAGAAAGAAAUAACUUGGAUGGUGUGCCCUCGAUUCUGAGGAAUAGCAGAUAUCGGAGGGAUCAGCGGCAAAUGGAGGAAGAAGAGGAGAUGUGGUUUAAUGAAGACGACGAUUUUGACGAAACCGAAUCAGUGUUACCUAGUACUAAUGACAUUUUAACAAAGAAAAUAGAUACGGAUUUGGACAGUAUAGGAAAGAUUAUUGACAAGAAACAAGAGGCGAAUGGGCCUAAAAUCAACAAUAACUCAUCACAGAAGCCGGCAGUUCUUAAUAAUAAUGCUAAUUCGGGCAUUCAGCAACCUCCGACAUCAAUACCAAAUGAUACCAAGACGCAGUUGUUCAAGCGAGGGUUGGUCGAUUACGAGGGUGGCGAUUCGGAUGAGGAAGAUGCAGAAAACGGUGAUGUAAAUAAAAGGCCGCGAAUAUCAUAGUCGAGCAAUCAAACUGCAGGUGAGUGCGACACAAACUGGCGUGACGUGCGACCAAGUGUGAUCUCAUAGUGAUGUGUAUGGAGGUAUGAACGGUCAAUUAUUUAAACCGGUGCUGUGUUUCUCAAUAUAAUUCAGAAAUCCAAGUUGUGAAAGAAACGAAACUAUAUCAAAACAGUCGGAGUGGUUUGUUCUCGCGAAGAAUGAACUGUUCCGGUAUCUCGACACAAAGAUGUCUACCACAGCCCGGCGGCUGUUAAAAGCACAACUUUUUUAACUUCCUUUUGUAUAAAAUUCCUCAGUUAUAUUGUACAAUUUACGAGUCAUCAAGUUUUUAAAGGUAAUCAAUUCCAUGUACAUGAUGAAUUAGGAUUUUUCUAAAAAAAGUCUAGUUAUUUAUGAAAAAUGUUUCCUGUUUCUUGGGAAAAAAGUUAUAUUUUUAUGGAAGAUGUUGUAAAUAAUUUCGUCAAGUUUUAUGUCAAAAUUUGAAAAUUUUAAGGGGCGAAAUGAGUCUUUUUAUCUUUGGUUCGUACGUUAUAAACGUUGGCCGUGAGUUUACUUCUAACUUACGAUGCAUUUUUCGGCUUGGAAACUGUGUAGCAAAUUAGAACUAAAUGACGUUUCUAAUACACAAUCAAAGAUAAAUAUUGGUUAUGAUGGUAUUCAUAAUGUUAUUGUAAAAGUUUUAGAAACCGAUGUGAAUUUAAUUGUAGACUAAGUUAUUAUAUCUAGACAGUAGAUAGCAUAUAGUAUCGAAUAUAUCGUCUAAAAAGUGCGUGUAGUGUCAUUGGAGUGCUUAGAUUGUAUAAUAACUUCGUACUGUUAUGUCGUCAGGUUCGCUAUUUUUUAAAUUGUGAUACAUCUAAAUAAUAGGUUAAUAUUUUUUUUUGAGUUUGACGCUGAGAAAUAAUGUUUAUUUAAUGAAAAGUUUAAAUUUUAGUUGUUUUUUUAUGAGUUGGUGUUUAAAACAUUGAAAUAAGUUGUCACUAUCGAUUCCAUAGAAAUGUGGCAGUAUGAAGUGUAAAAAUUAGACUAAAUCAUUAUUUUAUUCUUAAAUUUAAUUUUGUAAUUAUUGUGAUGAAUAAAUUAUGUUUAUUCCUAUUUAAAAGAUUUUAUUUUGUCCAUUUUUCUUAACAAUCUACAUUACUUAAUGGUUUAUUAAACUAAUUUAAUUUAUUGACCAGUAUUGCAUAUAGAAAAUGGUUUGAAAUACAAAACUUUUCAUAAUGUGGAUAUGUCAUAUAUUUCUGUAUAUAAGUAUAAUUUGAUUUCAUAUGUUCGCUCAACUACUUUAGAUAACAAACAAAUUAUCUCAUGUAACAAAUAGAUUAAGCGUUAGUUUUAAGAACAUCCAAAAGUCGUACGUACAAGAGACGAGCGAAUAUAUAAAUUAAACAAACCCACAACUAAAAGUUACACACACUUACAGGAAGGUGCAACUUUUAGUCAACUUCCCCUAUUUAUUACCCAAAAUGGCAGCCUUAUGAUAUUUUUUAUACAAGCCGUUGAUAAGUUUUUAAAAACGAAAGCCAUUUUCUAUUUCUCAUUUUAAUUUGUAAUAAAUUAAUGUUUUUAAAAGAAAAUGUAAAAAUGUACUCGUUAUAUUUAGGUAAUAAAUAUAAGUGAAAAAUUA